AUUAAACGAAUAUUCCCUCCUCAGCUUCCCAGCAACAGAAAAGGCCAUUCUGCGAUCUAAAAGUUGAAAUCUUUACUGGAGCUUUUUACUGCUUUGAGGUUUCUGGCGAUGGAGAGCUCAGGGGAGAAGGUGACAGCCGUGAUCAUGGUCGGCGGGCCUACCAAAGGGACUAGGUUUAGGCCUCUGUCGUUCAACACCCCAAAGCCCCUCUUCCCUUUGGCUGGGCAGCCUAUGGUUCAGCAUCCCAUUUUUGCUUGCAGAAGGAUUCCCAACUUGGCCCAAGUAUUCCUGAUUGGUUUCUACGAUGAGAGGGAAUUUGCCCUAUACGUGUCUUCAAUAUCAAACGAGUUGAAGGUGCCCGUGAGAUACUUGAAAGAGGAUAAACCUUACGGUUCAGCCGGUGGCCUCUACUACUUUAGAGAUCUAAUAAUGGAAGAUAACCCGACUGAUAUCUUUCUGUUGAAUUGUGACGUGUGCUGCAACUUUCCUCUCCUAGAAAUGCUCGAAGCUCACAAGAGAUAUGGUGGGAUGGGAACAAUGCUAGUGGUUAAGGUCUCCGCAGAAUCAGCCAACGAGUUUGGGGAGUUGGUUGCUGAUCCAGUCACCAAUGAGCUUUUGCAUUACACAGAGAAACCUGAGACCUUUGUAAGUGACCUGAUAAACUGCGGUGUAUAUGUUUUUACUCCUGAAAUUUUUACUGCCAUUCAUGAAGUAAUGAUUCACCGGGAGGACAGAGCCAAUCCGCACCGGCUACCAAGCAUUGAUGCCCUUGGACAUUUGACAAUUAGAGCCAACCCACCCAGAGAUUUUGUCAGAUUGGACCAGGACAUUCUAUCACCUCUUGCAGGAAAGAAGCAGCUGUACACUUACGAGACGAUGGAUUUCUGGGAACAGAUCAAAACUCCUGGAAUGUCGUUGAAAUGCUCUGCUCUCUAUCUCGCUCAGUUCCGCCAUACUUCUCCUUAUGUUCUCGCUUGUGGAGAUGGUGCCAAGAGUGCCAAGAUUGUCGGCGAUGUUUAUAUUCAUCCAUCUGCAAAAGUGCAUCCCACUGCAAAGAUUGGUCCCAAUGUCUCCGUCUCAGCAAAUGUUCGUGUAGGAGCAGGUGUGAGACUUAUUAGUUGUAUUAUUUUGGAUGGUGUAGAACUACAGGAAAAUGCGGUAGUUAUGGACUCGAUCAUUGGUUGGAAAUCAUCUCUGGGGAAGUGGGCCCGGGUCCAGGGUGAUGGGGAUUACAACUCUAAGCUCGGAAUAACUAUUCUCGGUGAAGCUGUGACGGUGGAAGAUGAAGUCGUGGUUGUCAACAGCAUUGUCCUGCCAAACAAGACCCUUAAUGUCAGUGUGCAGGAUGAGAUCAUCUUGUAACAAAAAUGAGAUUUUCAAAGGCUCCCUUUUCUAAUUUACUGCGUGAGUGCAUUAAUUUGAGAACAGAGAAAAUGCGCCGGAAGACGAAACAGGAGGGAACUGAUUUCAUCGGCGUGGUGAAUGAUUCAGCUUGUUGAACAGAGUAUAAUUGGAAUAGAAGGAAAAAUACGUGAUUUUUGGCUUGCUUUCAUGAGUGACUUUCUAAACUGAGCCAGUUUUGGGCGUAAGAUGAAGUUCGAAUCUAUUCGAUGUUCUUUGCUAAUCGAGAAAUGCACGGCAUAUAUUCAAUUGUCAGCAAA